CUUCGUGCGAUUUGACCCUCGGUGCGCACCAUCGUUCGUCGUCACUUCCCUUUUUACGCACUUCCGGUUAGGAUUAUUCCUCCAUGCUCCGCAACGUUGAAUUUUCAACACGAAAGACAGAUUUAAGAAAAAGACCAAAUAAACCACAGCCAUAAUGUUCAAACUGGAAGGACUCGGGCCUAAAAUGGACCCAGAGGAGAUGAAGAAGAAAAUGAGACAAGAUGUCGUCUCAUCUGUACGAAACUUCCUUAUUUACGUCGCCCUUCUCAGAGCCACCCCAUAUGUGUUAAAGAAGCUGGACAGCAUAUGAGUGGAGCAGCAGGUCUCUUCUUCCGCCAUGCACUGAGAGUUUACUCCAUCAGAGACAGUAUGAGCCAUCUUCAUCAGACUACCGGGGCAACAACAGCAAAUCCUGUUGGAGAUGAUCAAAGUCUGUCCAUCACUGCACCUGAAGAAACACCUUGUUUUCAUUUGUCAUGUGUUGUUGAAUACUUUAGUCUGCCUUUCUUGUGAAACACAUUGUGGUCAUUGUUAAAUGCAAAGUCUAAAUGUGUGUAUGCCUGCUGUGUUCACACAUCAAAGGGGAAACAUGUUGUUUUUGAUUUACAUAACAGAUUGUUAAACGGCAACAAAACGUUCAUGAUAGGGUUUCAAACCUUGAAUCUGACAUCACUGAAAAUAAAAAAAUUGCAUAAAGGAUUUGGACGUGAUUCAUUGUCUUUUUCUGAACUGAUAACAGAGAUCUUCAACAGCAACAAACAUAUUUUCUUGACUUGGCCUCUAGAUUAAUUUAACCUUUGCCUUGGUGUUUAUUUAGAUCCAAAGAUCAAAAAUACUGUAAUAUUGUUAACUAAAAUACUAGUUUGCUAGGAGUCAUGGGAACAUGAAUUGAUAAGCACUCUUGUGUCAAAUCGAAUCUGCUUCGGGUUUCUAAUUGGAGUAAUAAAGCCCAAGGACAUUGAUAAUGCAAAUAAAAAGAUCAAUUGUUUGAUUUGUACAGUAUAUCAACUUGACUUGCAGUGUACUAUAACAAUUACAACAUAAUUUGAUGAGAAAUCAAAUUGACAAAAUUCGAUAUUGAGAAAGUCGAAUGUAGAUGCAGUUCAGCAAAAUGGCCACCAGGGGGCGGUGUGGUUUCAUCCCAAGGGUUGAUGAGACAACAAACGAUGGAGGACAGUAGACGCUAAACCGGGUGAGAGUUAGGUUGUAGGGCUCUGGAUUAUUAGCAGAAAUGGUAACCAUAAUGAAAGCAACAUUAGGAUAACAUAUUUUUGUCAGUGAAAGAAGAACCUAGUCUGUACAGAUAUCCGGCUGUUCUCGGAGACGAAGCCUGAAACCGAGUCGCAUCCUCCGUGUUCUUGUUGCACUAGGCCCGCCCAUCCUCCACAGCAUCCCAGGCAGCUACAACAGACAACAGACCGCACAUCACACCGGAGUUAGGCUCCUUUGGAAAGCCAGUGUCCAGUCAACCUGAGGAAGUUUUCAGCAGAUGAGGGGUAAAUAACAAGAAGUUUGACAGCUUUGCUCCAGACAAUGCCCUUCAUUGUGUUAUUGAAUUUACACUAGUGCCACGGAUGCUAUACAAUACACCUGUAUUAAAGAACCUCCACCGCCUAUGAUGGACUUCCCAGGUCAUUUCCAGCACAUUUUCAAGCAGCUCAACCACCAGCGCCUCCAUGCUCAGCUGUGUGACUGUGUGGUGGUGGUUGGAGGUCAGAGCUUCCAGGCUCACCGCUCCAUCCUGGCAGCAUCCAGCUCCCACUUCAGGGCUCUCCUGAGCUCCAGUGACGACGAGGUUGGAGCGGAUCCAGGUGGAGGCCCCAGUGUGAUGGAACUAGAUCAAGAGGUGGUGACCCCUGAGGCCUUCUCGACCUUGCUGGACAUGAUUUACACCUCCACCCUCUCUCCUGGUGCCUCCAAUGUGAUGGAUGUACUGCUGGCAGCAUCACACCUGCACCUCAACACUGUCGUCAAGGCCUGCAAGCUCCACCUGUCCAGGAAAAACUUUCCUGCAUCGCCUCCAAAAGGCUGGAGGUCAUUGCAACAGCAGCAGGCAGAGAAGUCGGCCACAUCUGUCAUGGAGGAGCACAUCAGUGACGAGGAAGUGGGGGUGGAGGUUAGUCAGUCUGGUGGAGUUGAAGACCAGGGAGUGAGGAUGAGGGAACUAUCAUUGAGGAACAAGAGGAAGUCAAACAAUGACGGGCUCAGUGGCAGAAAGAGGUCCUGCAGACUGCCUGAGGGAAGCUAUAAUGAGUGUUCACCUAAUGUAAGCACCGUCAGUACAGAGGAGGGUGGAGAGCCGCCGCCGCUGCCCCCAGACUCCCUGAAGAUGAGCGAUGCUCUCUGGGAGAGCCGAGGCGAGGAGGAAGUGGAGGAGAAAUAUGAAGCAACCAAGGGAGAGUCAGAUGAAAUCCAGCUGCCAAGCCAAUCAGACAGCAGCACGAGAGGUGUAGGUGCAUGGGAUAUGGGCGGAGAUACUGUGGUCAAAAUACAGAUAGGAGAAGAAGGGGAGGAAGAUGGAGAGAAGCUGAAAAUUACGAUGAUUGAGGUAAAAAAGGAGAGCUCUUACUCCCCAGAUUUACCAGACAAUCGUCCUCUAUCUCCACCAGGCUGCACUGACCAUUUGGAAGCACAACUAAAUGAGGAGAAAAUGGCCGCAGCCUGCCCCACUGAGGCUGACGUUAGCUCUCUGCAAUCUCAGCUGUGCACAGAUCUUCAAACUGAUGCUAGAGAUCUGGGUGAGGAGUCAGUGGACGGUGAAGGCCUCGACAGCCUGUCAGAACUCGCUUUUUCCUGCUUCCUCAAUCCCAGCAGUGACAGCGUGAUGGGGGCUUUGGAGGAAGAAGACAGACUAGCUAGCCUCACUGCUGCUGCUACAGCUGCUGCCUCUGCCUCUUAUGCUGCUGGAGAACUUUGUCAAAACUCAGAGGAAAGCUCUCCUGCUCAGACCUCUGAUCCCUCUCUAGUGUUUCCGGUGACGUCUGUCCCCCUGCAGCAGCUUCUCCCCACUCAGGGCCCUGGUUUCAGCGAGACACUCAUCCUCCAGCCCGCUCAGAACUCUUUAUCAGGGUUCCUGAGUAGCAUCAAUCCAGGCCUCAGUCUGGAAACGUCCCUCAUCCAACCUUCCUGGGCCGGGAAAAGCUCAGGGGCGACAACCUUCAGACGCAUUGCCCCCAAAGUGCCGCCUGGAUCAGAAGCUGAUGGUUCCUCUGCGUCAGCGGGGGAUGCUGCUGAGCGGCAGCCUCUGACCAGAGCUUCUGACGAUGUUAUGUCCAAGUGCAAGAAAGCAGCUGCUGAAGACCUUGUGAUGUUGGUCGAAGGGGAGAAGAAAUACGCCUGCAAAAUCUGCUGCAAGACCUUCAUGAACCUGACUGACUGUAAGAAACAUAUUCGGGUCCACACCGGAGAAAAGCCCUAUCCAUGUCCUAAGUGUGGCAAGCGCUUCAGCCAGUCCUCCCAUCUGUAUAAGCACUCCAAAAACACCUGCCUGAACUGGAAGGAUGACCAAUCCUUCCCUGAUACCCUGCUAUCAACUGCUCUUAACUGAAGGGUGUUUUCUGGUUUGCACAACUCAUAGAACAAAAUGAACUCUGCAAGGUUGAUUAUUUAUUACCCCAUGAACUUAAUUAUAUGUUACAUGAAUUCAAAUUAAACUAGCUAAUGUUUUUUUGUGAUUUGUUAAAAAACUAUUGGAUAGAAAUGUAGCCAAACUGAUGAAUGCACUGAAAAUGUUCUCAAAGAAUAACUUGUUUUUUUACUGCUGUGUUAAGAGUGAUGAGAAUAAAUCAUUCACUUUACAUUUUUUGAGCAGAGUCAUUUCUAAUUAAA